UUUUUAUGUGUAUUGAUUGAUGAACUGUUACUGUCUGUGCUCAUGAAGUCUAAAUGAGUGGACUGGAAGCCUAUUCCAGUUGCACUUGAAACUUCUUCAUGCACUGCUUUUUGCUUGUAUUUCUUCUUUCGUCAGACCAGUACCCUCCUGAGGUUACUUUUAGCUUCUUAUUGUUGUUAGUACAAAGCAUUCCUAACCAGGAUUUGCUGGAUUUUCAGAACGUAAUUUCCUGAUUCAAAACCAUCUGGACGGGUAUCAGGGGUUGGCUGGCUGCGUGGCACUGCAAAACCAACAGGUCUCAUCCACUGGGCAGGGUGUUGACAGCAGCAUCACGCCAAAGGCUGAUGUGCUGGCACAGCAAGCACGGAUGACUCUGCUGCAAUGGCAGGCCUGGUUCAUGCCUGGGUCAUGCUGUGGGGAAUUCAUGAGAGCUGAAGUGGCCCAACAUUGUGGGCUGCGCUGAUCAGCAGCCCGCUUUUUCCUGUGGGGGAGACUCGCAUAGCUGUUUCCAUUCUCGAAGUUGAUUUCGGUUGAGAGGCUGCAGGGCAAAUAGCCUGACAGCCACAGGAUCAAGCGGCUUUCUCAGUUUUGAGACAGCCAUUCACGGGGAGCUGGUCCACCCCUUCCCUCUGCACAGAGGGCUGUGUCCUGCUCUCAUCUAGUAAAUAUAACAACACUGUUGGAAAAGAAAGAUGCUCAAGACACAUAGAGUAGCAUGUGACCUUAUUACUGACAGCAGCCAGCCAUUAUUUUUUUCAGCCUAUGUUCAGAAGCCAAUCUUCAAGCUGUGUUUGAAGAUAUUUCAGUUACAAGGGUGCUGUAUGUGCUAUGUGCAUGUCCAAUAGGCUGCCAUAUACUAAAUCCUACUGCCAGGCAUAUACAUGAAAGUGCAAAGUGAAGAGCUCUGCAGAGUACUUGUUGCAGUACCUACCUGUGAUGAGCAAGGUCCCAGAUCACAGUGAUCAGAUUGCACCAAAGGUGCCAUGAGUAUGGCAAAUGCGCUGAAGCUGGAUCCAGAGCGGCUGGAUGGCUGGAGGACCCUGUUCAGCCCCCAUGCAGGAGGCUGCGGGGCCGCUAUGCGCGCCAUGUGCAUCGGGCUACGUUUCUGCCACACCAGUGAGAUGGACACCCUGGUGCAAGUCAGCAUCGAGAGCGGCCGAAUGACCCACCACCAUCCUACUGGCUACCUGGGGUCACUGGCUUCAGCCCUCUUCACAGCCCUUGCGGUGAACGGCGUGCCCCCCCUGGCGUGGGGGAAGCAGCUGCUGGAGGUGCUGCCAAAGGCAAAAGCCUAUGUUCGGGACACUGGCUUCUUCGUGGAGGAGAACAUGGGGCAAUGGCAUUAUUUUGAAGAGCAGUGGGAAAAAUACCUGGCAGAGAGAGGCAUAGCAGACGGGAUCUCGCCACCCACCUUCCCCCGAAGGUAUGGCGUGGAAGAGAGAGACUCCUUCUACACCUCCCUCAGCUACGAUGGCUGGGGGGGCAGCAGCGGGCACGAUGCCCCUAUGAUCGCUUAUGAUGCGGUGCUGGGUGCAGGGGACUCAUGGGCAGAGCUGGCUCACCGAGCCUUCUUCCAUGGUGGGGACAGUGACUCCACUGCUGCCAUUGCUGCCUGCUGGUGGGGCGCCAUGCACGGCUUCCAGGGUGUCGAUGACUCCCUCUAUGCCCAACUUGAGUACAGAGACCGCCUAGAGCAGGUGGCCAAGGCCUUGUACCACCUCACCUAGCUGGGGGCAGCAGGGCCCCCAGGGAUGUGCUUACCUCACAGCCAGCCUGCGCUCCCUGAAGGUUUAGCAAACUCCAUUUGCAAACCUUCUGGGUUAAAGCACAGGAGCAACAGCCAGAGAGUCAGGUCUGCUUUUUUUUGUGUGCAUGUUGGCCUCAAUGGGGGUCUGUUUUGGAGCUAGCAGCUUGGGGAUGGUGGGUGGGGGAAGCACUUACAAGGUGGUUUGAUGGGAGCAGCCAAGCCCCGAGAUAUCCCUCCUCCACUGCAUGGUGGCUGCACCUUGCCUGGCCCUCAAGAGGAGCAGGGACACGCGCUGCAGCCAUGCCCCAGCAGCAAAACCCGUUCAAGCUGCCCCAGACCAGGGUCCUGCCCAUCUGAGCACGCCUGAGAGGGUCAGGGAUGCACACCUGACUGCAGGGAGUGUACAUGGGCUGCAAAUGCCUCCCGGCAAGCCUAAGCUGGCCCAAGCUCCCUGACUGGUACUUUCACCAGGGAGUGCUGGGGACACCACUUGCCAUCUAGCACUGAGACUAUAGCAGAUGCAGCCCAAGACAACCUGCUGGGGGGUGCAAGGGGAGCAGGCAAACAGCCAGGUGGGCCUGGAGACAGCAGCUCUCUCAUACAAUUAUUUUAGCAGAGUUUUUUGUUUUAAAUGAAUGUUGGAAAAAAACCAAACCCAACCUCACAGCUGUGUCAGCAGUGCAUUUUGCACAAUGUCACAACACUUUUGCUAUACAGGUGAGAAUGUAUCAAACUAUUUCCCUACUUCAGUUAACGUGGGAGUUCAAGACUACUAACCAAACCCUUAAUCAAGGUAAAAGUGGGUAAUGAAAAUGAACAGGUUGCACUUUACAUCAACUUAAGCAGCUUCUGUAGUGAGAAAUAUUCUUCCGUUUACAUCAAGGUUACUAAAGAUUCUUUGCUUAACGUUUGCUGUGCAUAAUUCUAUAAAAAAAAGUUUUUUCUUCAAAUCCAGAUUACGGCAGAGCAAAGUACUUCCUGUUUUCAGAGCAAUUUAAAAAAUGGUGUAUCCCAUUCAAUAAACAGACCUGACGUGCCUUGGUUAAA